AUGUCCACCGAAACCACUGUUAAGGCCUCCAACUGGAGAUUGGUCGAAGUCGGCCGUGUUGUCUUGGUCAACAAGGGCCAAUACAAGGGAAAGUUGGCCACUAUCGUUGAGAUCAUUGACCACAAGAGAGCUCUUGUUGACGGUCCAACCACUGGUGUUCCACGUCAAUCCAUUUCUCUUGCCCACGUUGUUCUUACCCCAUUGACCUACUCCGUUCCAAGAGGUGCUAGAACCGCUACCGUUGCUAAGAAGUUCACCGCUGCCGGUGUCUCUGAGAAAUGGGCUCAAUCCUCCUGGGCUAAGAAGAUUGCUCAAAGAGAAACCAGAAGAGGUCUCUCUGACUUUGACAGAUUCAAAGUUUUGGUGUUGAAGAAACAACAAAGAUUUGCUGUCAAGAAGGCUUUGGCUAAGGCUUAA